AUGGCGGUAUCUGACCAGUGUCUACAGUGUGACAGCGCUGUAUUGACCUUCACGUGUCUCAAUAGCCAGGAAACAAUCGAGCGAAGCGCCAAUGAGAAAGCUAGAAAUCUAGAGGAAACGGAUCUGACGAACACGGAAGUCGCAGAAGACAACAGGAAAAGCGUAUUGAGGAGCAGUGAGAUCAGCUUUCUUGGCAAAAUGGGUCGUCACUUUGGAGAUUUGGCCAAAAUAAGGCAUGUUAUUACCUACAGUAUUUCCCCCUUUGAGCAGAAGGCGUUCCCAAAUUACUUUUCCAAGGGAAUCCCUAAUGUGUGGAGACGAUUCAAAGGAUCUGUGUUCAAGGUGGCACCACCCAUGAUCCUGAUGUACCUGACCUACACAUGGGGCAAUCAUGUUCAUGAACAAAGCAAAAGGAAGAACCUUGCAGACUUUGACAAGUGAAAUCGCUCAGUUGAAGAUAUGUCCUUGUGUAAUUCCUUGUUUCUGUACAAUUCAUUAAUAAAGAAAAUAUUUAUGGCAAAAUGAUUACUGGCUUGUUGCCAUUGUUAAUGACUUGGUGGUUGUAAACCUUGUUUAAUAAAUGAUUAACACUAACUGAUUUGAUGCAUUACUGCAGUCUAUCCUCAUUGGAAGCUAUGUAUCUCAGUGUAGUGACCUUUUCUGAAACGUUUAAAUGGAAUUCACAAUUCUAUAGAAUAAUAAUAAUAAUGUUUUGUUUAAGUUAAGAUUGUUCAUUAAGACAUUGUGUGUUAAUUUGCACUAUGCAAUUCAUCUCUCUUUUUUUUUCUUCUUUGCCUGGCAGCCUUUAAACAGAGAUGAGUCAUGUUCUUACAUUUAUGCUUUUGGCAGGCACUUAUAUCCAAAGCGACUUACAGUUCAUUUCAUGUAUACAUCUAUGCUCCUAGGCUGUGGAAUUUACUUCCUAUUGACAUUCGUGAGUCAAAGUCUCUUGGUAUUUUCAAAUCUUGCCUAAAAUCACUUUUUCAAGUUGGCUUUCAGUUGAUGUUUAUGUAGUGUUUGAUUCACUUUUAUUGUAUGUGUGUGUAUUUUGUUGUUUUUGGGUUGUUCUUACUUAUGUAAAGCGCUUUGAGAAUCCACUUUUAAAGGCGCUAUACAAAAUAAAAUUAAUUAUUAUUAUUAUUA